AUGAGGAUAGUAGGACUGACAGGUGGAAUUGCGUCCGGGAAGAGCACCGUCUCAAAUCUCUUCAAGGCCCAUGACUUUCCCGUCGUUGACGCAGAUCUUGUUGCUCGUGAUGUAUUAAAGAAGGGCAAAACUGGGUGGAAAAAGGUUGUUUCAGCAUUUGGAGAUGACAUUUUACAACCUGAUGGAGAAGUUGAUAGGCCUAAACUAGGCCAAUUAUAUUCUCUAAUCCCGAAAAGCGCAAACUUCUGA